AUGUCAGCAGCUUCUACGAAAGCCUUGCAAGACGUUGAAGCAAAAGCUAUUGCUGCUGAGAAAAGAGUCAGUGCCCAUGAUGGCAGCGGGACCCAGCUCGAAGCUGCUAUCUCUGCAGCAGAGCUGUACAUGCGAGCUCUGAAACUCGCUGCCUCUCCAGAUGAUAGGAGGAGACUGGAUCGAAAGACGAAACAAUUGAUUUCGCGAGCAGAAGAAUUGAAAGUGCGCCACGACUGUAAGCCAACCGUGAAUGCUGAAAAACGUGCUCGAAUUGAAGUCCCAUAUCCUGUCUCGCAAAGAGUCUUGACCACCCGAGAAAAGAUCAUCCUGCUUGAAAGUUCCAAGCUGAAUGGUGCAAUCUUCAAACAAUGGACAGCUCCUCCAUCGCAAGAAGAAUUUGAACUCAAGGGAAAUGAUUUUUUUACUGACGAUUUCGACUUCACACUUUCCGAGGCUCAGCUCAAGCACUUCGCUGGUUGGAAGCGACCAAAGGACGCUUUUGCUCACGUUCGCGUCGAGAAAAAUGGUCAGCUCCUUCCUAACGAGGCCACCAUGAUUUCCCUAGGCUCCUUGGAUAUGGUACAAGAUGUUGCCCCAGACUGUUCGGUCAUCGCGAGCUUCUGUGUUGGCGCUUCAAGAAUAGAAAGAGGCCAUAAGCGCUUAUACGGUCAGAUAGUAUACCCUUAUGAUCACAACUCUGACCAACCAUGCGAAUCUGCUAACGGCAGGUAUGUUCUGCGCCUAUACUUCAAUGGCUGUUGGCGACGUGUCGACAUUGACGACAGGCUUCCUACCUCCAAAUCUUCCCGAGUCUUGCAUGUCGUCGAUCGCUCACAGCCUGGUUUGGUGUGGCCCGCCAUUGUGGAAAAGGCCUAUCUAAAAGUUCGUGGUGGCUACAACUUCCCCGGCAGUAAUUCUGGCACCGAUCUGGCUGUCAUUACUGGUUGGAUGCCACAACAGGUCUUCCUGCACGACGAUGAUGUCGAGCCACGGUCCUUGUGGGACGAGAUACACCCUGCUUUCAACGACGGUCAAGUCAUGUGUACCCUAGGAACUGGUAAGCUCGGUCGACGAGAACAACAGCUGCUUGGGCUAGGAGCCGAGCAUGAUUAUGCUGUGCUUGACAUGAAAGAGAAUGACGAUGUCCGUGAGAUACUUAUCAAAAACCCGUGGGCCGAUGGCGAUGUUUGGAAAGGUGCUACAAGAUAUCGACCACAUCCGGGCCAUGAAGAGGGCGCGCCACAGUCUCCUCAGUCGGGCGGCGAGGUCGAAAAAAUGGAGCCAGGUACAUUCUGGAUGGACUUCAACCUCGUUUUUCAGUAUUUCGAGCAUAUGUACCUGAAUUGGAACCCGAAUCUGUUCAGUCACAGAGAAGAUAGACAUUUCACUUGGCAUUUGUCUGAAGUUAUGCAAGCUGGUCAUCUUCUCAUAGACAAUCCACAAUUUUCGGUCAGGACUCGUAGAGCUGGUCAGCUCUGGAUCUUGCUUAAUCGGCAUUUCAGAACGGGCGAUUACAGCGUCGAAAAUCACGGCAGCAAUGGAUAUAUUAGUCUAUACCUCUUCAACAAAUAUGGCGAAACGGUGUUCUCAAGUGACAACGCUCGGGUCAGAGGACCAUUUGUCGAUUCGCCAAACACUUUGCUUCGGUUUCAUGCCGAAGCAAAGAUGAACUACUCCAUCGUCGCUGUCAGUCAGGAUCUGCCACGUGGCAAACAUAACUUCACCAUAUCUGCCUUUUCAAAUUGUCCAGUAGAGCUAGAUGAAGCAUCAGAUACGUACGGACAGCCUGUUAGUAUCAUGGCGGCAUGGACAAGAUCAACAGCAGGUGGUAACGCUGGAUCUUCCACCUAUCUACAAAACCCACAGUUCACUCUACAAGUCGGCAGAGAAUCAAGGGCAGUCAUCGUCCUCAAGUCGCUUUCCGACACUGCUUCUACGGAAUUGAACCUUGGACUUCACGUGAAAAUUCUCAUCCUAUCUAGCGACCGACGGAGGAUUACGAAAUUGAGAAAACGAGAUACCGUAUCACAAUCCGGGGAUUACAAACGAGGCUCAACUGUUGUUGAAACGAUCCUACAGAGAGGCUCCUACACCAUUAUCUGCUCUACCUUCGAGCCAGGCCAAUUGUCCAAAUUCCAGCUCGAUUUCUAUACCACUCUUGGACCAGCCGAGUAUAUGAUCAAGCCGCUUUUGCCAGAGGGAAGCGGCAGAUUGAGCAUCAAGCCAGCACCAGCCAUCUUCGAGAACGGUACAACCAAAGUCAUAGCGCCGCUGAAAGUUACACGUGUGACCAGGGCACUCUUCAAAGCAUGGCAGAUGAAAGGAUCUUCUUCAAGUCUUUUCAAGAUGUCCAUCGAGCAAGGACAGGGUCCGUACAGGAAUUGUGUCGUUACGUCUUCCACCGACGAGGCAGAAUACGCAAACAUACAAUCUGGAUUGAGGAUUGAAGAUAUUGAUUUGAAUGCAAGUCUGGCAUCGUCUCAGAAUGGUGGGCUUUGGCUUGUGCUUGAAAAGCCUCAGCAGGCUUCUACAGAGAGCAAGGAUGCGAAUGUGUUGCAGGUGGAGGUAUUGACUGAAGAGAGUAUCGAGGUAGGAGCCUGGGCACCGCUUGACGAUUGA